AUGUCUCUCCUCGCCGCACAUUUAGAACAGAUUACUUUCUCCUGUCAGGGUAUUGACAGCCUUCCCUUCCCCCCUCCAAAGAUAUUCACCAACGCCCUCCUUUCCAACCACGACAUUACCUCCUUGAUCCGCGACACCGAGGCCCACGAGCGUGCCCUGUUCUCUGUGCCGGCUCCGCCGCCACCCUCAACCCAGCAGCAGCAGGAGCAGGCUGCGCGAGAUUCCGAAUCUAAAUCAUCCUCCCGCCGACAGACUGUAUUCAAUGUCACGGCCGGUGAAGUCACCACCGGCCCACCCACGUCCCGCGGCGCAGGAAACCCGCGGCGUAAUACAGCCGUCGCUGCCGUUCUUGGCGGCGAGAUGCAUGCGACCAUCACGAGGCGGGCGCCAGCAUCGCAACAGCGCGAGGGAGCCGGAGACGUCGAGCUCGAGGUCUUACUGCGCGGCGCGGAGAAGCUGUGCCAUGUGUACCCGCUGCCCGGCGCGCUCGAGCGGAUACCAACCAUCAGGCAGAGGUGGAGCAACCAGGCGGCUACGCUAGGGUAUUAUGAGGCCAAGGUAGCGGAGCAGACGGAGCGGCUGGGGCGGAUGAACAAGCGGGAUGAGUUUGGAGCAGACCAGCCCGAGGAGGAUGAGGACGAGGAUGAUGCGGCGAAUGACAUCGUCACGGAUAGCAUGAUGACGGAGGAGGACCUGAGAAAGGAAGAGGAGGAGGUGAGAGAGCUGGAGAAGAAGAAGCGUGAGUUGCAAGCGAGACUGAGAGCGAUGGACAGGGACCUAGGUGGGUUGCUGAACAUGUGA